GUGAUCGGCGCUGCGCGCACCGAGCAGGGCGCACGGAGUAGGAAGCGCCGGCAAAGACGCGCGACUUUGGUGCGUUUGGGAAACAAAAAGCGGGCGGGCGAGAAAGCGCGCACCCGCCUCCCUCCCGGGAGAGCCGUGCCUUUAAAUGCUGGGGACUGAGCGCUCGCCGGGGACUCCAGUGCCCGCCUCGCUCUCUCCAGCCACCCGCUCCGGCUCCCGCUUGUUGCUCAGGCCGGCUGGCGAGGCGGGCGCGCGGCGCGCAGCCGGAGCGCACAGCGCGGCGACCAUGAGCCACCUGCGGCCGGGCUGAGCUGGAGGGGGGAAGCCACAACUCUCUGUUGGCUGUUGCUCCCCCCCAAGGGGGGACGAAUAAAAUCCCUCCAGCCUCCAGGAACCAGGCGGACUAACCGGCUCCCCAGGAGCCUCGCAGCAGCGCCGUCGCUUGGUAAGUUUCCAGCGCCGUCGCCACCAGCAGCAGCCGCUCUCCGGACGGAGGAGGAGGAAUAGGAGGAGCGGGGGAAGGUAUGGGGAGUGGAUCAGGUGACGGGAGCCAGGCACACCUGGGCUGAUCUCCGGCUUGUUUGUGCAGAGAAGGCGGCGGGAGAGGUGAGUGGCUCUCUCGGGCUGCUGCUGGCUGCUCGCGUCUCUCUCGGGCUGUAGCUGGGCAACCUGGUGGCCGCCGGCGGCACCCCGCCCCUCCUUUCCCUCCCCUCCCCCACCCCAUCCCACCCCCCAAAAACUUUGAUCGCUGGAGGAAGAAUGUGAUGGAGGAGCGCGAGGGGGAGCGCAGCUCGCGGAGAAAAAGAUCCCGCUGGGAAAACUCACCCGCGAUUCGAUAAAUAAACUAAGGUGGCCGGCAACUGGGCUGGGCUUUCAGCGUGUUCUCCAGCAAACACGCCCUUUAAGACCAACAGCCUCGUAGGCAAAGGCAAAGUUAGCCCAGACGUGGAGUGGCAUUUUAAGGCUUUGGUUAUCCUUCGGGUGCUUUCCAAAUCAAUUCGGGAAGAGGCGUUUCAGUAACGCUGUAAGAGUCCCGUUUGCAUUUUUAUAUAUAUAUAUAAAAACGCUGAUAGGAGAAUGUGUGUCUUGCCCCUUAAGAGCCCUAAAUGUUUGGAAUGAAGUCUUAAUGAAUGAAAUUGGACUUCAUUCUCUCAAUAAGAGUGUAUGCUGGUGGCCCUUGACAAGGGGCUGUUCCAACCUCAGCCUCUCCUCGGCACUAUGGAGAGAAGAAUGGCCUACCUUAAUGGGUUGUCGGAUGAACUGAUUAGAUGAUGAUGGUCUAUGCCAGUGGUUCCUAAUUAGCUAAGUCCUGUGGACCCCGUUUUUUAAAAGCUAAGCCAUGGACCCCCUACUUUUGAAUUUUUUAAUGUAUUUCUUGGGUAGUUUUGUUAUGUGAAUAGUACCACAGUCCCUCCUGUGUGGGUUAUGCGAACUCCCAGUUGGGAACCACUGGUGUAUGGGAAGUGCUUUGGAGACUCUGGAAGAAAUGCAGAAUUUUAAUACUGGCAUUUAAUUGCCAUUUCUACUGCUGCUUAUUUUUUCAUGCCCUUAUCUGCUCUUCAGAGACAUAGGAAGCUGCCUGGGAUGGUUUGGUCAUCUAGGUCAGUAUCAUUUACAGCAACUGGCAGGGGACAUUGCUACCCAUCCUGUAGAUACCAGGGACUGAUCAUGAGACCUGAGGUGCUUGUCCACUGAGCAGUUGCCCUUCCUCUGUCUAGCCACUGUCAGAAGUGGGAUGAUGAAGCAGGCAGAUGGGCCUCUGCCUGAUCCAGUAGCAUCCUUCUGAUGCUCUUACUAGAAAGGGCAUAAGUGAUGGAAGGGGCCACCCCUGUGAAUUUUGAGAAUCCCUCAGGAUCAAACUCCCAGCAAGAGCAGCAUUUUCAUCUUGGGUCCCUUCAGCUCUGCUCAGCCUUCUCACAGGAGUCGGCCGAUGGAAUGAUGCAGACAUCAAACUCUGUGCAGCAAGAGUCAAAGUGAGAUUUUGCUCGCAAGUUAGGUGUGCCUGGGGCUGGAGCCUGAAACUUACCCUGCCUUGCCUCUGACUUGUGUGGAGAGCUGAUCAUCGUCUCUAACCUCUAGCCUUGCUAUGUUCUAUGGUCCCCCUGGGUUCCUGAGGCCUUGCCAGAGCAUGGUAUUGAUCAGUCUAAGAAAUAAGCCAGGCACAUUUUGUACCUGGCUUCUAUUGGCCACUUGUGACCAGGUGAAGAUGCCUGGGUGCCUGACAUCUCCACCAUCUGGAGGUGCAUGUCUGGGGAUCCUUGGGUCUUGAUUGUUUUCACACAUGAGCAACACAUCCUGUAGAAUUCAAUCAGUUCUAUUUUAUCACUGCACUCGGAAUGAAUUUCAAGAACCAAAAUGCUUUUUCUGUGCAGCCUGAGCAGGAGCAGUGAACAACAUUCCAGUUAACUGUUGUCUUCACUUAUCCCACCCAACUGCCCUGCCCACACUUGUGAAGGAUAUUCCUAUGUUAUGAAUGGUCCAUGUCACCAUUAAGAAAAAGAGGCCAGAAUAGGCUAAUAUAUAUGUGGACUGUCCCUGGAUCAAGUGACUUUUCUUCUUGAAGUUCAAGGUUGUCAUCUGAACUAGCCAGGUAUUUAAUUGAGAAUCAAUCACAGCCAGUCCUUCAUUUGAAAAAUUAGAGCAGUCUUUUCCCAAAAUGCAAACUAGGCAUUCCAUUUUGGUGACUGCAACCCUGGUUUAAGGAGACAUUUGGCACUUAGCUAUCCGACUUUCUAACACUGGCUAUUGAUGCUUGCCACAGGGCCAAAAAAACCCCCAACAACAACUGACUGCAAGCCUAGCUUUGUAAUGCAGUAGAACCUUUUUGCUGUGUGGAACUGCUCCAGAGCUCCUCUUCCAGAGCUUGUGUCUGGUGGUGCUAUGGGAAGUAGGAACAAAGGGUUGUUUUGUUUUGGCGACUUGGUUGUUGUGGGUUUUGCUUUGACUCCCAGGUUCUUUAAAUAAAAUGCUCAGGUUUAUGGCUAGCAGCCCUUGUCCUUUCUGGUUCCUCUCCUUGCUCUGAUAGCUUCUUCCCUCCUCUUUAGAUGUAGGUGGUUCAUUAAGAUUAAGGAGCCUGUCGCUUUGCUCCUGUUACUCUAUAGCAGGGUUUCCCAAACUUGGAUGUCCAGCUGGUUUUAGACUACAACUCCCAUCACCCCUAGCUAAGCAGGACCAGUGGUCAGUGAUGAUGGGAUUUGUAGUCCAAAAACCACUGGAGAGACCUAAGUUUGUGAAACCCUGUUCUAUAGGGAUGGGUACACUGUGGCCCUCUGGACAUUCCUGGACUGCAACUCCCAUCACCCUUGAUCACUGGGACUGAUGGUAAUUGGAGUCCAGAGGGCCACAGCUUUGCCAACUUUGUGAUCAAGCAGUGUUUCCCAAACCCAGCUCUUCAGGUGUUUUGGGACUACAAUUCACAUCAUCCCUUGCUAGUUAGAAAUGGUGGGAGUUGUUCAAAAAUUGUUAGGGACCCAGGUUUUGGCAACACUGCUAUAAAGUAACAUGGCAUGCUGAUAUUAUCUCAUUUAGCAACAAUGAAAUUGAGACAAGUAUCCUCUCAAAGUUCAUCCUUCCCAAAGAGUAGCAAAUGAUUUGGUGGGCGGGGGUAGGUGGAAGGGAGGAUAAUCAUGGCAGCAGUUGCCUUGUCUUUUCUUUUACCACAUUUGAUACAAAAAAAUGACAUUAAUCAACUCCAACGAAACCUGCAGAGUGUUGCAUGUGUGCAUCAGUCAUAUAUAAGGAGGAAAAUCUGAGCGGGGACACUGUCAAAUAACUGAAUCAUAGGGUGCAAUGCCAAGACUUCAGCUGCCCAUAGCUUCUCUAUAAGCAAGCAGCUGGCGGUCUGACAUCAGCAUCACUUCUGUUUACAUAGCUGAUAUAUGAGAGCCAUCCCUUGUCAAAGCAGCCGGGUUUAAUUUGGCCUCCUUCUGCAUUGUGUUAAGUGCUUGCUUUGUGUGCUCUUCAGCCAAGGCAGCAACCCUAGGCAGGUGGCAAAGUGGUACCCUUUCAGGCUCUCACCUGUUCUGUGAUGUCUAGUCCUUCCUGUUCCUGUUGUAGAUUCAUCCCAUGUCUCUCAGUGUGGUGUAGUGGUUAAGAGCGGUAGACUUGUAGUCUGGUGAACCGAGUUCACAUCUCGCUCCUCCACAUGCAGCUGCUGGGUGACCUUGGGCUAGUCACUUUUCUCUGAAGUCUCUCAGCCUCACUCAUCUCACAGAGUGUUUGUUGUGGGGGAGGAAGGGAAAGGAGAAUGUCAGCCGCUUUGAGGCUCCUUUGGGUAGUGAUAAAGCGGGAUAUCAAAUCCAAACUCCUCUUCUCUCUGUUGCAUUGCAACUCCCUCCUCUUCUAACAGGUGGGGAAACUUCUUGUUACCUGAGCUCCCUUUCCCAGGAUCCUUUGCACCAUGUGAUACUUACUUAAGACUGUUUCCUGCUACAGUUGGAACUGGCUCAAACUGCUGAUUGGAGGCACACACACACACACACACACACACACACACACACCCUAUAGUUUCCAAACCGAUAUGCAUCUCAUCCUACACACCCCAUGUUUUCUGUAGCAACCCCUCUUGGCUGCUCAUUGUGUUCCUUUGCACCACGUCUUCUUAAUGUGGUCUUAGGGAGCCUAGAUGAGGCAUUGAAAUGCUGAGCAUCAGCUGAGAGGUGUGUGUGUAUGUGUGUGUGUGAUAAUUAUGGGGAUUGCAGCAAACAGAUGGGGGGAUGAGACCCUCUCCUCUCCUGCUGAGGUCUUUAGCAAAAUCCCUUUUCUAGCCUUGGUGUUUGCUGGGAAGGGGAAUCCACCCCCAACCUCUCCCCACCCCGCUCAACUGAUGCUUGUUGCAUUUUUAUACAAACAGCCGUUUCAGCACAAAGACGUAUUUAACAUCCUGCCUAGUUCAAGCCUGAAAUAUCUUUCUUCAACAACGCUGUUCUGUGCAUAACCAAAAAUAUUUCUUCCUCUGUCUGUUGUUUGCUCUUUUGUUUUUUCCUCCUCAUUCUCUUUAGACUUGCCUGUGCAGUAUGGGGAGCUUUUAUCCUGUUCUGCAGGUACAUUUCCAGAUCAAGGGGUUAGGGGAGGUGCUCAGCCACCUACACACAAGUGUUAAAGCAAAUGCUUUGCAUGUCUAAGAUCUCCGGUGCAACCGCUGGCAUUUCUGCUUAAGAAAUCUCAAGUAGCAGAGCUGCAAAAGAUCCUUGGCUUUAGGCCCUACAGAGCUGCUGUUUGUCAGGGUGGAGGUGCCCUGGGUUUAAAUGGUCCGGUCUGGUAUAGGUUGGACCUGAGAGUGGUCACUAAGCAGUGUAGGGAGGGCAGAAGCAGAUGGUGGAUUUAGACACCCAAGGCUGCAGCUCCCAGGGGCUCAUUUUCAUCAAGGAGGGGUGGAAGUUGGGGGUCAAGUUACACAAAAGAGUCUCUUACUUUUGGACAUGUGUAUGAUUGCUAGAUUUGCGGUGGUUAAGCUCAGGCAGUCCAGCUGAUUUUGCUGGACUAAAACCUGCCCCGGCCAGCAGGCCCAAUGGUCAGGGAUGCUGCAAACUGUAGUCUAGCAUCAACUGGAGGGCAACAGGUUCCCCCAUGCCUGAACUAGAAACACUGGAGAGGUUGUAACAUGGGGGGGGGGAAGCUCAGGCUUGGUGGCCAAAUGUGGCCCUCCAUGUCUUUCAACCUGGCCCUCAGGGCUCUCUCUAGAGCACCAGCCCAGCUUCAUGCCCUCAUGGGGUGGUUUUGCCUAGCUGGAAUGUCUCCUUGAAUAAUACCUCUUUCUUGGCUGGAUGGAGAAGCAAAUGCAGAAACUCACCAACUGGAUAAGGGUAAAAUUCGCACCCAUUGCCCUGCUCUCUUUUGCCUCUGGCCCUGUCCAUCGCUAGCAUGUGGCCCCUGAAAUGUUGCCCAGAAAGAACCCUUGGGUUGGAAAAGAUCUCCCACUUUCCCCUCUAAGAGUUGCGGCAUUGUGAUAAAUGGCCAUGCAGUUCUGCAACCUGUGAAGCGAGGAAUGAGUUUUUUGGGGUUCUCUUUUGGGGAUUCCGCCUGCACUAAUGCCUCUGUUGGUUUUUUCCUUUCAGCAGGCAUGGGGAACCAAGUGGAGAAGCUGACGCACUUAAACUACAAGGAGGUUCCCACCACAGACCCGACGGGCAUGGACAGGGAUGAGGGCCCCCGGAUUGGGGUCUCCUACAUAUUUUCUAACGACGACGACGACAUGGAGCCUCAGCAUGACUCCGUGGUGCCCGACCUCGGUGGAGAGCACCCCACAUCUCAGCCGUACGACCCCCGGCUUCACGAAGUGGAAUGUUCCAUCUAUUACCGCGACGAGUGCAUAUACCAGAAAAGCUUCUCUGGGGAUGCGCCGACGUCUGACGGGGUGGAAGGAGGAGGAGGAGGGGGGCAGCUGGCCACCUACACCCCAGAAAACCUUUUGAACCGGUGCAAACCUGGGGACGUGGUGGAGUUUGUCUGCCAGGCCCAGUACCCUCACUGGGUGGUCUACGUUGGGGAUUUCCAAGUCGUGCACCUGCACCGGUUGGAGGUAGUGAACAGCUUUCUGACCGACGCCAGCCAGGGCAGACGGGGACGUAUUGCUAACCAGCUAUACCACUACAAGCCGCUGAGCCCGGCCACGGUGGUACGGAAUGCCCUGGACCAGGUGGGCUGCAAGGACCGGGACCUCAGCUGGAGGAACUCGGAGUGCUUUGCCGCCUGGUGCCGCUACGGCAAGCGCGAGUUCAAAAUCGGCGGCGAGCUGCGGAUAGGCAAGCAGCCCUACCGCUUGCAGAUCCAGCUGGGGGAGAAGCGCAGCCACACGCUGGAAUUCCAGAGUCUGGAGGACCUCAUCAUGGAGAAGAGGAGGAACGACCAGAUCGGGAAGGUGGCCGUCCUCCAAGAACUGUCCAGCCACCUGCAGCCGGCAGAAGACGCCGACGGCAAGGAUCCCGGGGCCCAGACAGCCAACGAGUAAGAAGGGCUUGCACCGCUGGGCCCAGCCUGGGUGAUGGAUUAAAACUGAAGGCGGAGAAACUGAGCUGUUAUAAGCCCCUUUGGGCUGCUUCAGGGCGGCUUCACUCCAAUCACAUGUGAAGGGAAGUGUGUGGGGGGGGGGAAGCUGAUUAAGUGUCUGUGCUUUAGCACUUAACUCCUUCCGCGCUUGGUAGAACCAGCAACUUUACUUUUUUAUUUUGUUUUGUUUUUUGGUCAAGGGUUAAAACUCAGGGAGAUCUUCCUUCCUCUCUGUUCUGGCGUGGUUUUCUCUCCCCCAGCUGGCUCCAAGUCUGUGCUUUUAGCUCCUGCAGCUUUAAAUUUGGGUGAAGUCCAGUGGCUCUGGGCUACAUGAUUAAAAUGCAGAGCUGGAAACUUCCCCUCUGCUGUCUGUUUUCCCCCUCCUUUACCUCCUCGUUUGCAUUGGCAUUUCUGGAAUCUAUUUCAGUCCUGGCCUCCCCAACCUCCCCUGCCCCCAUGCCUCCAAGGAUCUAAUGGCUAAAUCACUGUUAAUUCUGUGGAAUGGGGUUGUUAGCCUGUUUGCAUUGGCUCCUUAAUAAAGAGAAGCCAGCCUUUGGAAGGCUGUGGGAUGAAGGCUCCGGGGUCGCCUCUGUGGGAUCUUUGAAAGGAGCGCUUGUUAUUAGACUCCUGCUCCCAUCAUCCCUGCCCAUUGGCCAUGUUGGCUGGGGGACGAUGGGUGUUGGAGUCCUGCAACAUCUAGAGGGCUACUGGUUCCGCAUCCCUGGUGUAGGAGGACAGUUGCAACUUCUUUUCACUUUUAACCGAGGAGCCUAAAAUAUGUUGGCAGAAAGUUGGCUGCUGUAUCCUGGUAGCAGGGCAGAUUUCCUUCGGGUGCUACUGAAAUGGUUGGCAAAGCUUUCCCUUGAAUUCUAUUGAGCCAUAUGACCCACUUUCAAUAUAUCUCACGGGCCAGUUGGGGGGUUUUUUUUGGGGGGGGAUCAUACUAUUUUGGUGGCAGUGGGAGAAGGAUUAAAUCCACGUGGCACCAUUGGGAUGUGAAUUGGCUUCAUAGCCACAUGAUGUUUGGGCACAUCUAUGUUAUUGCAAAAUGUGAAUUAAUUCUACACAAUUUAAUUGCACACUAGGAACUGAUAGCCUCCCCCCCUUUUUUUUAAGGUCUCUGGGUCCAAAAUUUCUGGGUUUGCAUGACAGUUGGCUUGGAGGGCAGACAUACCCUGAUUUAAUUGCUUUUGGAGAUCAGGUUCUUAGUGAUUUGGAAGAAACUGGUUGUCUCAAUCAGUUUGUAUUGUAAUUUGGUUUGCUUACUAAAUUGAUUUCAGGAUCCCAGGAAAACUGUUUCUGAAAGGUUGGGGCUUUUUCACCCUUCCCCUUUUCACCUCAGUAAGCUCUGCAGACCAUACAAAGCCCUCUCCCUUUCUGGGUAGUGGGUUUGGCAGUAGACUAGGCUUAUCUUUUGCCUGAAGUUAUGGUGGGUUUUCAAGCUGUGGGGAGCUUCUGGCUUCACCUGCUACACGCUGAUUCCUCUGGAAGCCUUUUUAAGUUCAUCCCCAUGUGCCGCUGCGCCACAACGAUAUUGUUGGGGGAAGAAAGAGGGAGCAAUUGUUCUCCUUUUGGUGAUAGAUCUGAUUUUUAAAAGCCAUUUUGACUCGUCAAGGGAUCGUAGUUGCAGAAGGAGAGAGAUGCAAAGCCUUCCUUUGUAGUGGCUUGCUAGCGCAGGGUAACAAUUGAAUUGGCCCUGUUUUUUGAAAGCUCUUUUCACUUCAAUGGGGUUUAUGUAAGAGCCAUGCUUGAUGGGUUGUUUUCUGCCUGAGAAUUGCAUCCCACUUCCUAGCAUUCAGAGAACACAACAGAGUCCUUCACACAAAUGGGGCGAGGAAGAGAGAGCUUAUUUCUUGAAUGAGCCACCGGAUUGACUUGAGGUAGCAAGAAUUAGUACUGUACUUGAAAGCAAAGUGUUUUCAAUGGAAUUAAGCAGAAUAUAUAGUAUAUUCCCCCUCCCCCUCUCUUACAGCUUGCAGUUCUCCACUACUUGAUGCAAAAAAGGAUUCCCUUGCCCUGCUGUCCAUUGCAAGAUUGGAUCACAUGUAAUUGGAGAGAGUGGGCUGUACUACUCAUGAAACAUACUUUGGGGUAUUCCCAUGGGAGUUAGCAGGUCUGUUCCAGGACAAGCAACUUGUGGAUUGAGAGUAGUUUGGAAGGCAAAGGAAUUUCAAGUUUGAUUCCGUUGUCCUGACUCUGAAGUUAAGGAAACUGUAGCACAUAGGAAACGGUUUCUUAGCGUUCCCUAACACUUUCUGUCUGUUCUUGGGAUACACUGUUCUGUUGCAGUGGCAACUAGGUAAACCCACAAGCCAGAACGUUUGUCUUACACCAAUGUAAUAUGGGAUCCUGAAAGCCAUUUUCAACAGUAAUCCCGAAGUGGCUUGCUCUGAAGUAUUCAAACCUGAAGUUAGUGGUGCACCUCAAAGAGGACAGCAGGUUGUACAUUCAACAGAAAAAAGUGGUAGAGGCUUUCCAGGGCUGUACCACUUUAGGCUGCAGGUGUAGGGAGUGGGUCACAUGACUGGAUACCUCUCUUCCCAGAACAAACACAAACCUUCCCUUAGCGUAGAAGACGCAUGCCACAAAUGUUCAUAUUAUAAUUUUCUCUGCGUCGUAAACAGAGUCUUAUCCAAUGCGGCACUCAAGAUACGUGAUUGCCAGCCCCCCCCCAUACUUUGAAAUAGUACAGUCCACGAAAGUCGCUGCUUCAUUCUGCUGAAUGUAGAACUCCCCAGAAACUUGCAGCGCUUGUCUGAUUCUUGCACUCCAAGCAAACCCACACUUGAUUUGGCUUAGCUGGGUUGUGGGCUGCUGCAAGACUGUUUUUUUUUUGGGUGGAGGGAUAGCAAUGCUAUUAUUUCACCAACCAGUUUCUGGGCUUUUUGUUUUGAGAUGAUGGAAAGUUCAAGAGAAUUUUUCAAGGAAGCUGCCGGUGUCGGAAAACAUGGGCCAGCUUCUGAGUCGUGUGCCCCAGACCAUGCGACCCCCUAAACAGCUGUGCACAAUGCACGAGAUCUGAAGGUGGCAUUAAGGAGCAGGAUGUGGCUCCUGGCAUGCUUCUGAGGCUGUUGUCUGUGCACCUGCCUACGCCGGAAAAAAUCCUGCUUCCGGUGAUGUCGUCCCGUUGGUGUGUGUGAGCUGUGGGCUUGGUCUCUGUCCUUGCGAGAUGGAAAUGGCACCUGAGCAUCGUGGGGGGGGGGCACUUCCUAUAUACACAAGCCAGUUAUGAGCACCAAGUGAGUGCUUCCUGUCAUUGUGCCUCCCCAGAAAUCAGUGGCUUCUUUCCUCCUUCUCCCCCUGUGGAAUAAAAGGUUUUAAGGAUGCCCUAAAAUAGGGCGAUGUCUCGGAACUGGGCUUGAUGCUGGAGUAGCCAAUGCUUAUCCUGGAACCUGCAUCUUGUUUGGCAAGGAGAUGCGUGUGAGACUGGUGUGGUUUCAAUGGGUGAGGCAGUGGGUGGGAAGCAGUGUCUUGUUUUGCCGUUUUCCUGCCCCUUGAUCCAUAGACGUGUGUUGUGCAGUGUCGCCUGAAGGAAAACAAUGGGGAGGGAUUGUAGAAGAAAAGCAGCAGGCAGGGGAAGGGUUAAGCCAGGGGUCGGCAACGUGUGGCCUAUGGGCAGGAUGCGGCCCAUGAAGACCAUUUUACCAGCCCACGAAGACCAUUUUACCAGCCCAUGAAGACCGUUUUACCGGCCCACGAGCCACCCCCAAACCAAACCGCCCACUCAGUGAGUCCCCCACGCACUGCGCUAAACCGGCGCAGCACGGGGACUCACCGAGUGGCACCGGAAAUCGCAUCUACGCACGCGCAGAUACCAGAAAUCACAUCUGUGCAUGUCCAGAUGCCGAAAAUCGCUUCUGCACACUUGCAAUUGAUGGCGUCUGGGCAUGCGCAGAAGCGAUUUCCGGCACCGUGUACGUGAGCAUGCAUGAUUUACGGCAUCGCGCUGUGCCAGUCCGGCCCACAGAUGAUCUCCAUGGGAGUGAUCCAGCCCAUGGCCGGUAAACCUUGCUGAGCCCUGGGUUAAGCACUCACAUGUUCCUCCUCCCCCUUCCCCUCCAUAGCUUUCUGGUGGUCACAGAUCUGAGUUUUCCCCUGAAAACUUCGCUCUCCCUUCGUUAUGAGGCCUCUGUCCCAAGUCUACAGAAGGGAGGGUUGUGGCAGAUGACACUUCUUCCAGCACUUUGGUGCCAUAACAGGUAAGGAAGCAGUACCUGCUGCAAUUCUCCUUUCAUUAAACCACUAUUAAAGGCACAACGGAGCCUUGGCUUCCCGUUAAAUCCUUCAACUGUAUCCGGGCUCCAGAGUCGAUUCUAUAAAGUUAUUAAUGAUUCCGGUCCUCAGUUUUUUGUAGGACGAGAUUUAGUCCACUAUGUAACGAGUGGUUCUAAAAUUAUAUUUUCUUACGCAAGUAUUUUUUUUGAAAGAAAGCCUAUAACGAGAAUAUUUACAUUUCUUGAAAGUUGUUGUAUUAUUUUCACAAGCAAAAAAAAAAAAAGAAUAUCCUCCAAAUCAGUUAUUAUUUUUGUCAUUGGUGAUCUAAAAGUAUUUUCUAGGUCAUAAAUCUACUGUAAAAGAAACUAUAGAUGUCAAACAUUGUGAAUCUAUGUAUCUACAAGGUACUAAACUG